AUGGACAAGAACACCAAUGAUGAACCCCAGGACAAUACCACAUAUGGAGUUAGCAACAGUGAUGACUUUAUUAUCACUAGUUUAUUGAAAAGCCCAGGUGGAAAAAAAUUCAUUGUGUCCAAAUUAAAAGAAUUAAUAUCUUCAUAUGAUGAAAAUACUAACUUGAAUAAAGCAAGAGGGGAAUCCACUGAAGAGAAAAGCAGCUCCGUUGCUACAUAUAACCAACAGAAGCAUGGAAAUUUUAAAGUGCCUAAAAAUGUGAACAUCAACUUUGCCGACUCCAGAUUUUUGAUGACCAAUUUGGAGAAUGUCAAUUCGUUUUACCUCUUCAUUAAGGAGCACGGAAAGGAAUACAAGACGCCAGAGGAGAUGCAACAAAGAUACCUCGCUUUUGCAGAAAAUUUGGCCAAGAUUAAGGCACACAACAGUAAGGAGAAUGUGUUGUACAAGAAGGGCACAAACCAAUACAGUGACAUAAGCUUUGAAGAGUUCCGAAAGAGCAUGCUGACUUUGCGAUUUGGCUUGACUAAAAAAAGCCCCACUUUACACCACGCGAGUAACUACGACGAUGCGAUAAACAAAUACAAACCAGCAGAUGCUGUGGUGGACAUGGAGAAGUAUGAUUGGAGAGAACAUAACGCAGUGAGCGAAAUAAAAAACCAAGACUUAUGUGGCUCAUGUUGGGCCUUUGGAGCUGCAGGAUCUAUAGAGUCCCAGUACGCCAUUCGAAAAAAUCAGCACAUAUUGAUAAGUGAGCAAGAAUUGGUCGACUGCUCUAAUAAGAACUUUGGUUGCUAUGGUGGCGUAACUGCUUUCGCCUUUGAAGACGUGAUCGAUUUAGGGUACCUGUGCUCGGAGAGUGAAUACCCCUACCUUGGAUUCAAAUCACGUAAAUGUGAAAUUAGGAAAUGCAAGGACAAGUAUACCAUCAAAAGUUAUGUUAAAAUUCCAGAGGACAAAUAUAAAGAGGCUAUUCAGUUCGUUGGACCUUUGACCUUGGAGGUCAGUGUCAAUGACGACUUCUACACUUACAAGGAGGGAAUCUUUACAUCUGAGUGCAUGGAAGAACCCAACCACGAGGUUAUGAUUGUUGGUUAUGGUAUGGAAGAAAUUUUCAACAGCGAAUUAAAUGCUAAUGUGAAACACUACUACUACAUUAUUAAGAAUUCAUGGGGUGAGAGCUGGGGUGAAAAUGGAUUCAUGAGAAUUGAGACGGACGAAUUGGGUUUAAAGAAAACCAACAACAUCAUGGAGGCAUAUGUCCCCCUGAUUGAGUAG